AUGGGCGUGUUCAAGCGUGGCACGGGGGACGCGGUCGACACCUCGCACUCGGCCAAGGCCAACACCUAUAACUUUACCGUCGUCUUCUUCAGCGCCCUCGGGUCGUUCACGUACGGAUACAACUCGUCGAUUAUCGGUUCCGUCUUCGGUUUACCCGCGUUCUGGGACUAUUUUGAACUUUCCCUCACUGGACCAAAUGCCAAGAAGGGAAACGAUAUCAUCGGUGCUGCCAAUGGUCUUUUUGCUGGAGGAGGCAUUAUCGGUGCUCUCAUUGUCAACUGGAUCCUCAACAGACUGGGCCGCUGCAGGUCCAUCCAGAUAGUCUGUGCCAUCUGCGUCAUCUCGGCUGCGAUCCAGGGAGGGGCGGCUCACGUUGGCAUGUUUCUUGCCGGACGUUUCCUGAAUGGCAUCGGUGUCGGCAUGAUGCAAGUCACCGUGCCAGCGUACAUGUCGGAGCUAUCGCCUGCAAAGCAACGAGGUCGAAUGACAGGUUCGCACGGCGUCCUGAUUGUCUGUGGCUACGGAUCGGCCGCCUUCACCGGUCUAGGCUGCUACUUUGCAGCGCCUCAAGUGCAAUGGCGACUAUGCCUCAGUCUGCAAAUCGUGGCGCCCUUGAUCCUGCUCAUAGGCUCGCCGUGGCUGCCCGAAUCACCUCGUUGGCUCAUUUCAAAGAACAAAGAGCGGCAUGCGCUCGAUAUCUUGCAAAAGCUGCACACUCGACCCGAUGAUCCGACAGGGCUGGCGGCCAAGGAGGAAUUCUACCAGAUCUCCAAACAGAUCGAGCUGGAGAAUGCCACUGGUGUGCACGGAAUCUGGGGCAUGCUCAAGCGUGCGUCGUAUCGCAAGCGAAUAUACUCGGGCCUGCUGGUGCAAUGCGCCGCGCAAUCCACUGGUGUGCUGGUGGUCAACAACUACCAGGUCCUCUUGUACAACAACCUCGGCCUGUACGGGUGGCUACCUCUCCUCCUUUACGCGCUCUACACCUCAUGGGCGGCAUUUAUGAAUUGGGUCAAUGCCAUGCUGCUUGAUCGCCUUGGACGGAUUCCCAUCAUCACCUUCGGCCUGGCCGGCUGCAUUUGCAUGAUGAUCAUCGAGACCGCCAUGGUGGCCACUUAUGCUGGGACAUCCAACAAGGGCGGCAACGCAGCGGGUGUCUUGUUCUUGUUCCUCUUUGUGACCUUUUACGGAGGCAGCCAGGACGCCAGCAGCUACGUAUACUGUAGCGAAAUCUUCCCAACCGGAGUACGAGCCCACGGACUAGGCACCUCGAUUGCAGGUCUCUUCGCCUCGACGCUGCUCUACACUGAGGUCGCCCCGACCGCGUUCGCCGAUAUUGGAUGGAGGCAAGUAUAUUACCUCGUCUUCAUCAUCGUUCCCGCGGCCUGUCUUCCAUUCUUGUGGCGCCUCCCUGAAACCAACGGACUCUCGCUCGAAGAGAUUGCCGCCAAAUUCGGUGACGAAGUCGCCGUUGACCUCUCGCAUCUCGACGAGGAGCGUCGGCGCGCGCUGGACGACCGCCUCUUGGCUGUUGGUGUCGACAUUCCUGGAUCGCCGCCACGCGAGGCCGAGAGCGAGACCGAAAAGACGGCCGUGGCUAAACACCGAGAGGCUGUGUGA